AUGGCGUUCGGUCAAUCUUCACAAUACCAGGGCCAGCCUGGCCUUGGUCACACGGGUCACCACUAUGAUCCCAAUCAUAGGCAGCCAUAUCAGUCUGGCCCCUCGGAUCAAUCCUAUCUCACCGAUCCUACGCAUCCGGACUACGACCCUAUGGUAGACCCCAACCUCCAACUGAAGACUGUCAGAACGGCUGCCGCCUCUAUCGCCGAAUCACACCGCUCAGAACAACGCAGAGACGAGCGCAGAAAGGCAAAGCGCGCCAACAGUCUCUCACACAAGCUCUUCCGCGGCAGGACUUUGCGCAAGCAGCAGCAAAAGGGCUCUACACUCGCCCAACUCGUCUCCGAAGAGGCCAAGAAACGUCGAUCCGAUGCUCCUUCCGGCUAUCAGUACGACUCGGACGCUGCGUUCGCCUCUGCCCAGCAAGGCAAGGUGCCGGAACUAGCCACCAUCGAUGACGAGGUCCAUGAAAACGAGCAAAUCCACGAUGCAGCACAGUCGUCGUCUCAACCCGCUGGUCCCACCAUGCGCAAGAUCAAGCCCAAAAAGCGAAGAAAUGUCUACGUCAAUCUACCGCCGCCGCUCUCCGAACUGCGGCACAAUGGCGAGCCCGCCGUCGUCUAUCCACGGAACAAGGUCCGCACCUCCAAGUACACUCCCAUCACCUUCCUUCCUCGUUUCCUUUUCGAGCAAUUCCGUCGAGUUGCCAACAUCUACUUCCUAGGUCUCGUCAUCCUACAAGUGUUCCCCACUUUUGGUGCUACGAUCCCUCAGAUCGCCAUGCUGCCACUCGUUUCCAUUCUCACCAUCACCGCUAUCAAGGAUUCAAUAGAGGACCACCGCAGACACGUCAUCGACAACGAAGUCAACAACUCGGCCGUCACCCGUCUUGGCAGCUGGCGGAACCUCAACCAGGCCAAGGACCAACGCUCGUGGUAUCAGAAGCUCUUCGGUCUUGCCGGAAGAGGCGGAAGCAAGGUCUCCAAGGGCGUCCGCAAGCUGCGAGAGAAGGAGGACGCCAUCGGUAUGCGCCAAGUCGGUGGCAGUUCACGCAGUCCCACCGGUGGCACCCCCAAAUUCGCAGGCGACCAAGAAUUUGGCGGCCGUCCCGAUGCUCGCAGUCUCCGCAGCGACAGUGUGGUCAGCUCGCAUGCGCUUGGCACCAUCAUGAGCGAAAGCGAGCGCGAAAAUGGCAGCUUCUACGGCGCCAGCUACAACCAUUCAAGCGCGGCGCUUAACCGCGACGCAAACGCCAGCAGUCUCUCGGUCCUGCAACCGCUCCAUCCCAAUGAUCAGCAGCAGCGAGGAGGCCUCAGUGCCACUACCGUACAGACGCAAAGCAGCAGCGUAGAAGGCGUCGUCGACUACCGCCGAAACACACCCGGAACUGCAAGGUGGGAACGCACGCUGUGGAAGAAGCUGGAAGUGGGCGACAUUGUCAUGUUGCGCGAGGACGAGCAGGUUCCGGCCGAUAUUGUGGUGCUCAACACGUCCGAUCCGGACGGCAACGCGUACGUUGAGACCAAGAACCUGGACGGCGAAACCAACCUCAAGGUGCGCAAGUCGCUCAAGGCCACCAUGGGCAUCCAGUCCGAAGAAGACGCCGAACAUGCCCGCUUCGUCAUAGACAGCGAACCGCCGCACGCCAACCUGUAUAGCUACAACGGUCUGCUCAAGUAUACCGUCAGCGAGCCCAGCAAAGAAGGCGAUUUCGCCGAUGCGCUCGAAAACUUGCCCCAGGACAGCAGCGCUUACGCAGCCGCAGAAGCUCGCUCACGCCGCGUCGAGCCAAUCACCAUCAACGAGCUCUUGCUUAGAGGCUGUGCCGUACGCAACACUGAAUGGAUCAUCGGUGUCGUGGUCUUUACCGGUGAAGACACCAAGAUCAUGCUCAACUCGGGCGAGACUCCCUCAAAGCGCUCCAAGAUCGAGAAAGAGACCAAUUUCAACGUCAUUGUCAACUUUCUUCUCCUCAUGGUCCUUUGCACAAUCUGCGCCCUGAUCGGCGGAUUCCGUCUCUCCAAUACCAACACUAGUCGAGCUUACUACGAGGUCGGCGCAGAGCUCAGCACGAGCAACGUCGUCAAUGCGCUCGUCAUCUUUGGCUCCUGCCUGGUCGUCUUCCAGAACAUCGUGCCCAUCUCGCUCUACAUCUCGAUCGAGAUUGUCAAAACCAUUCAGGCCUUCUUCAUCUACCAGGACAUCGAGAUGUAUUAUGCACCGCUCGACUAUCCGUGUAUGCCCAAAACGUGGAACAUCUCCGAUGACCUUGGCCAGAUCGAGUAUAUCUUCUCUGACAAGACGGGUACGCUCACGCAAAACGUCAUGGAGUUUAAAAAGUGUUCCAUCGACGGUGUAGCCUAUGGCGAAGGAGUAACUGAGGCCAUGAUCGGCGCCAUGAAGCGCGAGGGCAAGGACACCUCGGGCUUUAGCGCAGAGAAGCAAGAGAUCGAGCUGUCCGAAUCCAAGAGGCGUAUGGUCGACAUCAUGAACCGCGCCUUCAAAAAUAGAUAUCUGCGGCCCGACAAGAUGACGCUCAUCUCUCCGCUCAUGGCCGAGACGCUGGCUGCCGCUCCCUCGGAUUCGCAGCGCAAGAACAUCAUCACCUUUUUCCGUGCGCUUGCUCUCUGCCACACUGCGCUCGCCGACCGACCGGACGGCAACGAUCCCUACACCGUCGAAUACAAAGCCGAAUCGCCGGACGAAGCGGCCCUUGUCGCAGCGGCCCGCGACGCCGGUGCCGUUUUCAUCGCCAAGAACAACAACACGGUCGAUAUCGAGGUGUUGGGUCAGCCGGAGCGCUACACGCCGCUCAAGGUGCUUGAAUUCAACAGCACCCGAAAGCGCAUGUCGGUCAUCGUACGUGAAGCCGACGGACGCAUCUUGAUGAUCACCAAGGGUGCCGACUCCGUUAUUUACCAGCGUCUGCGUGCUGAUCAUCCUGAAGAGCUCAAGCAAGCCACCCAUCGAGAUUUGGAGGCGUUUGCCAACGCGGGUCUGCGUACGCUCUGCAUCGCCUAUCGCUACCUGGACGAGGCAGAGUACAUCGAAUGGGCGCGCAUCCGCGACGAGGCCAGUGCCAGUCUCACCGACCGUGACGACGCCAUCGAUGAGGCGAACGAGAAGAUCGAAGUCGAUCUCGCCCUGCUAGGCGCCACCGCUCUCGAAGACAAGCUGCAGGAGGGUGUUCCCGAAGCCAUCGAGACGCUGCACCGAGCUGGCAUCAAGCUGUGGAUCUUGACGGGAGACAAGCUGCAAACCGCCAUCGAGAUCGGGUUCAGUUGCAACCUGCUGACAACAGACAUGGAGAUCAUGAUUAUUUCGGCGGAUCACGAGACAGGCACCCGGGCCCAGCUCGAGGCUGCGUGCAACAAGAUCGCUGCAGCCGGCAGACCCGUCGUAGUCGAGCAGCCGCCAGCCCGCAAAGGCGGUAAGGUGCGCAAGAACCGACUCACCGUCGCGCGAAACGAGCAGGCUCCCAAGGAUGGCUUCGCCGUCGUCAUCGAUGGCGAGACGCUUCGUUAUGCGCUCGAUUCGAACUUGCGACCGCUGUUUCUGGCUCUGACAACGCAGUGCGAGGCUGUCGUCUGCUGCCGUGUCUCGCCGGCGCAGAAGGCGCUCACGGUCAAGCUGGUCAAGGACGGCAAGGACGCCAUGACGCUUGCCAUCGGAGAUGGCGCCAAUGACGUCGCCAUGAUCCAAGAGGCGCACUGUGGUGUCGGCAUCGCCGGUCUCGAGGGCGCACAAGCAUCGAUGAGCGCCGACUACGCCAUUGGUCAAUUCCGCUUCCUCACUCGCUUGCUGCUCGUUCACGGUCAAUUGUGCUACCACCGUAUCUCGGAUCUGCACAAGGUCUUCUUCUACAAGAACAUCAUCUGGACUUCGAUUCUGUUCUUCUACCAGAUCCACUCGGACUUUACGGGCUCGUAUAUCUUCGACUACACCUACAUUUUGCUGUACAACCUCGUGUUCAGCUCGCUCUGCGUCAUUGUCAUUGGCGCGCUCGAUCAGGUGGUCAACAUUAAGGCUCUGCUGGCGUUCCCGCAGACGUACAAGCGAGGUAUUGAGGGCGCCGAGUACACCAAGUUCCUCUUCUACAUGAGCAUGGUCGACGCUGCGUUCCAAGGUGCGGUCUGCUACUUUAUCCCGUGGUGGUUCUUCACCUAUGGACCCAUGAUCGGUCACAGUGGUCAAGAGAUGAGCAGUCUCAACAUGUUCGGCACAACCAUCGCUGCUGGUGCCGUGACGACGGCCAACCUGUACGCCGGCAUCAUCGCCAAGCACUGGACCGGUGUGUUUUGGGCCGUCGAGAUUAUUUCGCUGCUGAGCGUUUACGCGUGGACGAUGUUGUACUCGGCCUUCCCCGUGUUCAGCUUCCAAGAUGUCGGCUUUUGGCUCGUCCAGACGGUCAACUUUUGGGUGAUCGUCGUGCUGAUCACGGUUGUCUCGCUGGUGCCACGAUUCUUUGCCCGCGCCUGGCGAUCGUCGUUCCAUCCUAACGAGCACGACAUCUUGCGCGAAGCCUGGACGCACGGUGACCUGAAGGACCAGCUGGGCAUUGCACAUCAGAACAAGAAGAAGGCACGACGUGCUGCUGCCGCUGCUGCGGCGAAGCACGGCUUCCACUACGAUGGCGCUCACGCGGACGUCGACGACUCGUUUACGAAGAGCAUGGAUCGAGAUGUGGAAGGUCAGACUGGCCAUUUGUUCGUCGAGGCUAAGAGGUCGAUGGAUCGACAGCGUCAUCAGCAGCGCUUCAACCUUUCGGCGGUAGGCGAGGAAGAUGACAGAUCCGACACCUCGGCUGACCCGCUCCAUGCGGGCGAGUACGAGGAUCAGUACGCUCGUCGCAAUGUUGGUGGUUACGGUCAGAGCUUGCAGACGCGGACGCCUCAGCUGCAGCCUCCGUCGGCCUUCAGUCCUGCUGGUAGCUACAAUCGCAACAAUGGUGCUGUCUCGGGCUUGUCGUUCUACGAUCCGGAUUCGCUUCCGAUGAGCGGUGACGCGGCGAGUCCUCAAGCUUUUGAUGGCUACGACCCUGAAAAGACGCCUCGACCUGAUCUGCCUACGAUCCAGGUGCGCAAUGCGUCCAGGCUAGGGCAGAACAAUGGCUCCGGACUCGGAAGUCAGCACCCGAUGCUGACGAAGCAGCCUUCGAAGGACAGCUUCACGAGGGCGUUUGACGAUGAAUUCGGAGUCGAAUACGAUCACGGCGUCAACCCGUACCCUGCUGCGGCGGGAUCGAGGUCCGUGUCGAACUCGAGCUACGGUUCGGGUGUCACGCAAACCGGUGCACGAACCUACCCGGCAUCGGCAACCGGUGGAUCGCCGGAUCGAUCGAGGUCGAAUCCUACUACACCUACCAAGUCGGCGAUUGCCAGGUAUCACGACCGGUUCACGCCACCAGCGGCUUCGGCGUCGCACUACGAUUCGUCGGCGAUGGCGUUAUCCGCAUCCCAGCAGAGUUUGACGGUAGGAUCGCCAGCAGGACGUGGUCGAGGAGCGGCAGGUGGUGGGCAUUCUCACGAGCUUUCGGGCGCCUCUGGGGUGUCGUGGCAUACGGCGGAGGGGUCACAUCAGGCGCACGAGCGGGCUGCUUCGGAUGCCAAGUUCAUGGCGUUCUAG